CUAUUUCCAACCUGCCACCUCCCCAACAAACAGCAUCUCGAUGAUCUCAGAAGGUGAAAGGUAAUCCCCACGUUUGCACAACUCUAGCGCCACCUAGGCGGGAACUGGGGCACAGCGACUCGCCUUCAGCUUUAGGGCAAUCGGCUCCAGAGUGUCUCCAUUCAAAAGUGACCGCUACGGCUCGUUUUGGUGGCGCGCCUGUUCUCCAGCGGCGCUUUGCUCCCCUCCUUUGGGAAAGCGCUGAUUCUGAUGAGGCAGGGAGGCGGGUUGCUUUAAGAGAACCAGGAUGGUGUUGUCGGUUGUGUUUGGCUUUCUGGUGUGUGGAGAACCUGGCGGGGCUCCUGUCUCCUUGUUAUAGGGGCAGCCGUAACCGAUGGGGCAGAAGAGAGUGCUUUAAGAGAGAGAGCGCCAAGCAAGUCUUGCUUCUCUUGCAGCUGCAGCCAUCACCAGCAGUGCUCUCUACAGCCACCAUGCCUGUGUAGACCGUGCAGACAAAAGCGAGCGAGUAGAGAGGAAGACGUGAGGGGCUGGCAGCCGGGAAGAAGAGCCACUCAGACACGUUACACACAGAUCCAUCUUGAAGGUGUUCCUCUGCUGCCGCCGCCGCGCCCGGCUCGCCCGGCUCCCCCGGACUUUUAGGGAAUGCUAUCUCGCCUCCUUCCCCAAUGUUUCACUGGAGCAAGUGGAAGAAAAGGAUGGGAGCCAGCACUUCCUCCUCGUCUUCCAAGAGACCCGUGUUCGAUGAGAAGGAGGAUGUGAACUUUGACCAUUUCCAGAUACUUCGAGCAAUUGGGAAAGGGAGCUUUGGCAAGGUCUGCAUUGUACAAAAAAGAGACACGGAGAAGAUGUAUGCCAUGAAGUAUAUGAACAAACAGCAGUGCAUUGAAAGAGAUGAAGUUCGGAAUGUGUUUAGAGAACUUGAGAUCCUGCAGGAAAUUGAGCAUGUCUUCUUGGUGAAUCUCUGGUACUCAUUUCAGGAUGAAGAAGAUAUGUUUAUGGUGGUGGAUUUACUUCUGGGGGGUGAUCUACGUUAUCAUCUCCAGCAAAAUGUGCAAUUUACUGAGGAAACAGUGAAGCUCUACAUUUGUGAGAUGGCAUCAGCCUUGGAUUAUUUACGCAGUCAGCAUAUUAUUCACAGAGACGUGAAACCAGACAAUAUUCUCCUUGAUGAGCAAGGCCAUGCACACCUUACAGAUUUUAAUAUUGCAACAAUCAUCCGAGAUGGUGAAAGAGCUACUGCUCUAGCUGGAACCAAGCCGUAUAUGGCUCCUGAAAUCUUUCAUUCCUUUCUGAAUGGUGGAACAGGCUACUCCUUUGAAGUUGACUGGUGGUCCUUGGGAGUGAUGGCAUAUGAGCUCCUUCGUGGAUGGAGACCUUAUGACAUCCACUCCAACAGCCCAGUGGAAUCUUUAGUUCAGCUGUUCAGCACUGUAAGUGUCCAGUACACAGCAACAUGGUCAAAAGACAUGGUGGCAUUAUUAAGAAAGCUUUUGACAGUGAACCCUGAGCAUCGGUUUUCUAGCCUAGCUGAUAUCCAGACCUCCUCCUACUUAUCUAACACGGACUGGGAUGAAAUCUGUGAAAAGAAAGUGGAGCCAGGCUUUGUUCCCAAUAAAGGCCGUCUGCAUUGCGACCCCACCUUUGAGCUGGAAGAAAUGAUCCUAGAGUCAAGACCACUGCACAAGAAGAAGAAGAGACUUGCAAAGAAUAAAUCCAGAGAUAAUAGCAAGGACAGCUCACAGUCCGAAAAUGACUAUCUCCAGGAAUGCCUUGAAGCAAUUCAGCAAGAUUUUGUCAUUUUUAACAGAGAGAGGUUGAAGAAGAGCCCGGAUCAAGUGAAUGAGUCCAUUUCUCCUCCCGAAACCACUGAUGAAGCUGAGACUGAGACAGAAUCUGAACAUUCUAACUUGAAUAUGUGUAGCUCAGUAUGUUCUUCCACGGGCAGCAGCUAGGACUACAGGGAUGAGGCAAAGGGGCCAGAAGCUUGCGUACCUCUGGAAUAAAUCAUUCUCAGGUUGCCCUGACAAGCAGAUGACAGUCCACUGAGUACUUUAGUUGAGAAAAAGAAGAGAAGUCACCACAACCAACACUGUUUAGCUGUAUCAGAGGCAGAUAGUUCUUACAGAACUUGUGGAUGAAAAUGUUCGCCUGUUACCUGCUAUGAGGAAAGAUACUUUGCUAUGCAACACUUUGGUGAAAACAGUUCUUCUUCUUUCUGUGUCCUUUUAUUUCUUUUUCAGGGACAGAUUAGUGUCUGAAGUAUAUUUUCAGGUGUGAAGAUCAGAGAGCAGAUCCUAGCUUAGGUCCAAGAUCAUACAGAUCAAAAGCACACAAGGUAGAAUGGGAGGGCAAGAUUGCAAAGGCAAUUCCCGACUCACCUUUGUGGCACUGUCCGUGGACUCCACCUUCUGCAUGCAAGAUUGUCUCACGGUAUUUUCAGAGCAUCUGGGGCUCUUUUAGAGCAUGGUGACUGCAAAUAAUCUACAUCAACUGAGCUUACUAGGGACACUAGAAGGGCAUCUCGGCAAUGCUUGAUGUCCAGUGGGUCUUGUCUCAGUGUUAUUAGACACUUUUCAAGGAGAUGGAGCAAUCCAACAUAUGACCAAACACACCAGGUUUUGCAGCUGGAGUUUUUAAAUGAUGCAAAGUAGGGUGUUGUUCUAAACAUAAUGACUCUUUUCACUUAGUUCUCCUUACCUCCAAGGAGCUGUGUAGGCUUUGAACAGAUGAACAGAAGUUAGCAUUUUCUUUCGUAUGAAGGAGCAGGGUGCAAUUCUGGCAAGCUUUAGAUGAGAUAGCUAUGAAGCUAUGCCCUAGUUAUGCAGGAGGUGAUGCACCCUUCUGUUUACAUUGUUCUAAGUGUAAUUUAAAGUACUGUAUAUAAAUUUCUGGCAUCUGUCUUAACUUCUUGUGACGACAGGAAAGUUCUGACGUGUGCUUCAGCUGUGGAUAUUGCCUUUUUAAUUGUUUCAGACGCCUUUUUUCUAUACUAGGCUUAAUGGCUUAGUCGACUGUAUAGUGGCGUUAGGUUUCUAUUAAAACACUUAGAACUCUGGUUCUAGGAUAUCUAUCAAAUACUUGUGCUGUACAUUAAAAAAAAACCACCCUCAUAACUGUUUUCAUUCAAAUUGUGUGUUACCAAAUGUGUAAGAGUGUUCUGUUUGCAUCCCAGUUAUGUUUUCCUGUAGGAAAGUGAAUGUAGCAUGCUUUUGAUUUCAAGACAUCUUUCCCCACAGUGUUAAUGAGGUGCCUGAUAGAGGCCAAUAUGCCAGGGAUUGAACCAGGUCGGAAAUUAGGACCCUUUACAGCUUUAGCUCUAAAGUGGCUGCUUCCUCUGUAGUUCCUUUAUGCAUCACUGCUACUAAGGAGCCGUGAUAGCAUGGCAUUCCCACCAUGCAUAAAGUGGGAAUAUAUUCAUGUAAGCAUAAGGCUUACAUGAAUAUAUUAGGGUUUGCCUGUUUUUAAUCUCUACACACACAGCCCAUGAUGUAAUGGUAUAUAUCAGUUUUAUAUGGACGAUAACCAAACCGUGCUUACUUUUCCACAGUUUUAUGCAGAGGUCAGUAAGCAGUAAGAAGUGUGCAGAACCAAAAUGUCACAAGAUUCAUUCUAAAACAAACCAUUCAGGUUUGUUUGGGCACAAUUGUGUGGUGUGUACAAAGAAGCCAAAGCUUUCCUACCAACUGCUCCAACAUUAGGGAACCGCCAAGUAAACUGAAUGCCCUCUCUACCAUUUAGCUGUAGGAAGCAUUCAGUCUUGGUAGUGGUUAUCAUUGAACUUUGAGGGAUUCACUGUUGAGUGUAUGACUGUUCAGGCCGAGCUAUUCCAGCUGCUGUCCCAGCACAAUACCCCAUCACCUGAUGUUAGGCCAACAUUGCAGGGCUGAUCUCCUGAGUGACGCAGAACAGUCCAGAGUCAAGGUGCCAACCCAGUUAGCCAACUGUUCACAGAAGAUGGUGUUCAGCUGCAUUAGCACAAAAGGACUGUACAGUACAUAUACUUCAGCUUUAAUCCCAAAUGGCAUGUGCAUGUAUUAUUGGACAGAAAAGGCUCAUUCAUUGUGAGGAAUUUUAUUUAUAUUGGCUGAUAUACAGAUGGCAUUGCUCAUGAGUAGUCCCACUGAAAUUAACAGAACAAGUUAGUCAUGAGUAAUUAAUUUCAAUGGGACUCAAGUAAAGUGUGCUAUCAAGUCGAUUCUGACUCCUGGCGCCCACAGAGCCCUGUGGUUUUCUUUGGUAGAAUACAGGAGGGGUUUACCAUUGCCUCCUCCCUUGCAGUAUGAGAUGAUGGCUUUCAGCAUCUUUCUAUAUCGCUGCUGCCCAAUAUAGUACUAGCAGGGAUACAAACCAGCAACCUUCUGCUUGUCAGUCAAGCAUUUCCCUGCUGUGCCAUUAGGUAGCUACUCAUGAGUAAUUUCAUCUGGAUGUCAGUCUUUAUCUUUCAUUCAUUAAAAUAUAGGUAUGCUGCCCCCUCCAGCAAACUGCUGCUUGGGGUAGCUUACAAUAAAAAGACAAUAGUACAACCAUAAAUAAUAAUAAAACAAACAGCAAAACAAAACAGCAAAAUAAAAUGACAGACAGGACUAAAAUAGGUUAAAACCAGAAAGCUAAUUAAAACCGAUUUUUAUUUUUUAUUUUUUUUAAAAGGCAGGAUUACUGAUUUAAAGUGUUGGUUUUUAAUCAUUCCUUCCAAGCAGUCUCUCGGAUAGGAUGUUCAGUGCAUUGUGAUAAAUGUUCUAUCUUGGUUUAGAAAAAACAAUGUUCGUCUAGUUAAAAUGUCUGCCUUGAAAUAAGCUACUAUAUGUGUAUUACUAUUGGCUAAUCAGUUAGAAAGUCAGUCAAGUAGAAACCCUUCUUAAUUGGUUCAGAAUCAUAAUGUUUGAAUGUGUUAAAAUAUGUAACAUGGUCCAGUCAAAGUUAAGCACUUGCAGGAUUUGUUGAUUUUAGUAGAAGAGUUAAGCAGUGCUCGGCUUUCUCUCAUGAAGACCAAUGGGUCUUUCUCUUCCAGUUGUCAGAAUAUAUUGCCCUCGCACCCAGUAAGCAACUAGUUCUGCUAGUUCUAUAGGAUCCAGCAUAAGAACACUAUGAGGUCAUUCACACAAUCAAAAACUGUGUUCUAGCUAGGUUUGGGAGCUGUGUGCGCUCCCAAUUUUCGUUUGUGUGGAAGCAAGGUAAGCAGAAAACCUCGGUAGAAGUGAUUAUGUGGAAGCAAGGUAGGAGGAAAAGCUACUCAGGUUUUCCUCUUAUCUUGCUUCCACACAAUCAGUUCUACCCAGGUUUUCAUCCUGCCGAGCUUCCUCAUAACCUCAUAAAAUUCCUCAUAAAAUUGGGAGCACACACAACUCCCAGGUAGAACACAGUUUUUGAUUGUGUAAAUGGCCUCAUUGAGUGGGUCAUGGUGGCAGGCCAAUUCUUGCCUUUCUGCUCUGAGGCCUGUCGUCACAACCUGUGACAUGCCCAUCACUCUCUGCUUCAUAUCUUUGUUUCUGUGUUUUCCUUCCAGUGAGCUAUCAGCAUGAGAAAUUGCUUAGCGGCACUCUAUCUCCCUAUAAUUCCCCCUCUUCCCCCUGCCUUUUCCAGAAGAGGAAAGAGAACUUCUACAGGACUCUUUACAGGAACCAAUAGGAUACUAGGUGGAUUCUAGUACCGCAGUGGCAAGCCUUAUGGCAGCAGCUUAAAAAGCUUGUGGUGCCUGUGAUCAUGGAAAGGUGGUCUUCUAGAAUCUGUAAACCAUGUGGUUAAAUCCACCAUUACCACUGCUCUACUAUGGUCAGAAACUGUAGUAGGCCACCAUCUUCUGACACAGUUGUGUGAGCCAGGUAAGCUUUUAAAGUAGGACAUACCUGACUUAGAGUUGGCUGAAUUCGCUCUCCUCCUGCUAGUUUAAGUGUUCAUUGGACUGAGUGCUUUUUCUGCCUGUUUCAGUAAGCACAUCAAACCUGCAUUUCAUUGUGUAUAUAUAACUACCAAUUCCCUCCUCUUCCAAUGUAUCUGUUUGAACAAUACUGCAUUCCUCUUACACGAGAGCACAGUCCUUUAGGAAUCAAGGGUUUUAUGCACAAUCUUUUAGAUUAUGAAUUUAUGUAUUUUUAAAGCCUGUUCCUAUGUACUUUCCUUACAGCUAAAACUAUGUGCUUUACUUUUCACUAUAAUGUAUAAUGGUAUUUGUGGGAUUAAAUCACAGAGAUCUGUGGUUUCUGAGUAAUAAUUCUAAAAUAAAUGCUUAUAUUGAGCACACAA